AUGCACCUCUCCGUCCCAGUCCACAACGUCCAGAUCGACGAGCGCGCCAAAUGGACCCGCGACCGGGCCAAAGUCCAGCGCCGCCUCUCGCGCUGGAGGCGGAAGAGUUGGUUUGAUUCCGGAGCGGAGCUGUUUGCGCUGUCGAGGGCUCGAUAUGAUGAUCAAGAUGAACAAUGGGAGUGUACGCAUCUGCUCGGCCGUGGAUCUUUCGGCAUGGUAGGCCAAUGGACCAAAUUCGACAGACACGGGAGAGCCGUUGAUACAAUGGCAAUCAAACAAACCGACAUCGACGACCGCGAAGUCGAUCGCCAAAAACACCUCGCCAUCCCCUGGGAAGUGUUGAUCAUGAGAGGACUGGCAGACCAAGGCUGUCGCAACGUGGGCGGGCUCCGCAAAUACAAACUGUUUAUAGCCGACCCACCCAAAUGGCGGUAUUACCUGGAAUACCACCGACACGGGACCCUGGCUGGUCUGGUCGAAAGGUACAGGGAUCAUAAUCACGAGCACCCGCGGCAUAAGGACUACAUACCGGAAGCAUUCAUCUGGCAAGCGUUGUACGGCUUUGCCCAGACAGCGUACCAUAUGAGCACGGUGAGAUUCGACAAGAGCGUGGCACCGCCGGGCAAGGACCAUUUUGUGUUGCACCUUGAUCUGAAGCAUGAGAAUGUCCUGAUGUGUGAGGCCAGCACUGACGAGGACCUCAUCAACUAUCCCACCCUCAAGGUCGGCGACUGGGGAAUGGCCGAGUACACGAGUCGCGACGACGUGCACAAUAGUCAUCGGUGGAAGUAUCAGGGAACAAUCGUCUGGUGUCCGCCGGAACAACUCCGGCAAGGCCAAUACGGCCGGCACUGGAAACACCCGGUCCUCGGCGGGCCCGACCACCCAUUCACCAUGGCCCACGUGAUCUGGCAGAUCGGCGCCAACAUCUACGGGCUGAUGGAGUUGGAACUCGACAACCUGGACCUGUAUGAGCGGGUCAAGCGCUACGAAACCUCGGAAAGCUCCCUCCGCCACAACGGAUACUCGGUUCUCUCGCACUGGAACAAUUCGCGCUACAGCUCGAAACUGAUGGAUCUCGUCGAGGACUGUGUCAGGUUGGAUCCGGCUCGACGGCCGUCGCCGAGAGAGUUGGUGGCGCGGGCACAACAAGGCCUCAAGCCGCAUGUGGACAAGGCGCGGCGAACGGGAUCCGCGCCGAAGGUGAGACUGGACUGA